AUGGUUUAUCUCGUUUAUCUUGUAGCUGAAUGCUUUAAAGAUCGAACUGAUGUUCAAUGCUUGCAUAGAUGGCAGAAAGUUUUAAACCCAGAGCUUGUUAAAGGACCUUGGUCAAAAGAGGUAAGAUAUUUAAUGCAACUGGCUGAUCACUUUGGUGCAUGCUUUCUCUAUUCUUUAACUUAAUUGAGUUGAACAUUAUUUUUUUGUUUCUGCGUUUGCAGGAAGAUAAUAUGAUCAUUGAAAUGGUUAAUAAACAUGGGCCUAAAAAGUGGUCUACCAUUGCACAAGCUUUACCUGGACGCAUUGGAAAGCAAUGCCGAGAAAGGUGCCACUAGUUUUAUUUGUAGUUCAUAUGUUUCAUCUCUUUAAAGAUACCUUUUUAGACUAUAACUAAGAUAGGGGGAUGAACAUAAUGUACAUUAACUUCUUCUUUGUACAUCCCUUCACAGCCCCCAUUAGGAUAUUGCCUGCCCAUCGUUGACAUGUCAUCGCUGAUUCAGUACUUACAUCCUUCGUUGUGGGUUUGGCUAUUACCCUUGAUAUUGAAUCAAAUUUUGAUGUGAGUUAUACUAAAAUUCAUUUAACGGUGAAUAGAUCAAGGGAGAAUGCAAAUACUAUCGUUGAAAAGUACCCAAAAUAAUAAAUUAAUUAUUGGUAUCAAUGAGAGAUGUAAGCCCAACACUCGGCUUGCCCUAGGUUUUUACUUGGAUUGGACUUCAAUAGUAAUCCAUACAGGUUUCUAGGCGUGAUUCAAGUUGUGUUUGAAUAGGGAUAUGGUCAGACCUGAAAGAUCGUCAACCUGUAACCUAUCUAGAUACUCCAGAUUGCGGCAUCCUCCCAUCUCUCUCUAUCUCCCCUCCAUUCUGGUUCUAUUGUCCUCGUUCUAGGGAGUCAAUCUGGUUCUAUUGUCCUCGUCCUCCUCUCUCUCUCCCUCUCCCUCUCUCUCUCUCUCUCUCUCUCUCUCUCUCCCACACCCCCCACCCCCCCCUUCACAUUCAUUCCGUCUCUCCCUCAUAUAUAUCAGAUUUCCUUAACUCAUAAAUAGCUCUGCCCCUUCUGCCUUGCCAUCAAUUCUCUUCUCUACCCCAAUGAGAUCACUCCAUCUCGCGUUAUUUGUCGAGAAAAUCUUAAUCUAUUCGGCUUCCUCAUGGCCUCACGCCUAUGAAGUAGGCUUGUAAGUGUGAAUCAUUAGGGAUAUAAAUGUAGUGACACGGGGGCACACGAGUGGCAAAAUGUGGGGGUCUUGGUAGAUUGAUUGCUUGAUGAUUGACAACGAUAGUUGUAGUAAUGUGUUAACCCCUAAAGAAAUUCAAUGGGUUUGAUGUCAAGAGUAAUAAAUUAUAAACAGAACUGAACCUAAUUGUUAUUGGUUGUAAUUUAGCCCAUCCAUUCCCUUAUGCUAAUAUGCUUACAAGUAGGCCCGUCCUUCAUACGUAUAUAGCCUGUUUUCAGGGCAUAUCUGAGUAUAAGCCAUGACAAAUAUAUUUGGAUUUUGGCUAAAAGGUGGCUAGUCCUCUGCCAUCUUGACGAAAUUGGGAUAAUUUAUUAUUAUUAUUAUUAUUGCUGAUUUUUUAUUGAUCUCUUUUUGUUUGCUUGUAUUUGGAUUAUCCUCUCCAAUUUUAGUUGGUGUUCAUUACAUCCUCUUGACAGAGGUCUACACCCCUGAUUACAUGUUGUAAAAAUGUACCACAGAUAAAAGGAUUAUGAAUCAAGUGCAAAUUGAGAUAUGUGUUGAAGACUAACCUAAUCAAAAGUUUGUUGGAUGAAGCCUAUUUGAGAAUUUGUGAGAUAAUCUUUCUGAAAACGUCUGAGAAUGUUCAUUUAACCACUUUUUAAGGCCAGCCUCAUUGGACAGGGUAUAAGAGAAAAUUCAUUUGACAACUUUUUGGGAUACAGCUCAUCUGAUAAUACAUUGAGUAAAGCCCACUUGACGCAAGUUAUUAAAUAAAACCUAUUUGAGGGUUCAUGAGGUAAAACUGAUUUGACAACUUUGUAAGACAAAGCUUAAUUGAGAACUCAUAGAAUAAAGCCUAAUUGACAAAUAGUUUGAAAUGAAGCCUAGUUGAGAGUUAAUAAGAUGAAGUUCAUUUGUAAAUAUUUUGUGAUAUUACCCCAUUGCCAAUUAUUUCGACAAAGCUCAUCUUUUGAGUAUUAUUAGGCAUAUUUGUAUGGACUUAGACCAUUGAGUAUUAAAACCUUUAUAAAGAGCCUCUAGUAUUUUUCGGCCUCUAAAGAGCCAUGCAUAACCAUUGUCACUGGGUUUGCUCACUAGAUACAACAUCAACAGAAGGUUAUAUUUCUCUUUUACUAAUGGAUUUCACCACUGGAAUCAAGGCACAGGUUAAGUCUAAUGGGCCAACAUUGGAAAAGUUUUCAAGGUUCGCUUAAAUCUUAAGAUGAGAGCACUUUGAACUCAUUGUAGUUUUAAAAAGUAUGCCCGAAAAAUUUGGUGCGUAAAUCUGUGGAAGUCCUUGGACAUCUCAGACUGCAAUAUCCAUUGUAAAGACUACCCUCAAUGGCUAAAUGAUUACUGUUUUUUUUUCUUUUUCCCAUUGCAAUUUCAGGUAAACUUUUCUUAGCAGCUUUUCAAGUGUCAACCCUUGUGUCUAACAAACACAAUGGGACUGACUCUACAAGCGUCCGUGUGUUGAUUCUUGAGCUCUUGUUUGUCUUACCAAUCACAAGCCUUGUUUUCACCUUGUGUUUUGCAUGCAAGUCUUGGUACUUUUGUGUCAGAUGCCGACCCCUGUAUUAGGGUAAGAAUUUUGUACGCAUGUUGACAGAGGUAAAGCUGAUUGUGUAUCAGCUGCCAUUGUUUUUUGUAUGUCUUUCAUCCCUGUGUUCUUAGGUUGUUUAGUUGUUCUUUUUCCCUUUUGUAUUAUGCAUGUUUUGUUCUUUGUCUUGUAACCUGAUGCAUUGUUUUGGGGAUACUUCUAACAACUUGCAAAAUUCUUGUGAUAAGUGACAAAUCAUCAUGUAGAAAUCUCUCCAAACUUUUUUUUUCUAGUUUCCUCAUCACUCUUGAUUAUUUAUUUAUGUAUGUUAUCUACUGUCCAUUUAUGUAAUCAUUGAUUUAUAAUAGUUUUUAAGACACGUGACCUUCCUUUUCUUGUUACCUUUAUAUUUCAUGAGCCAUUGUGUUUUGGAAGUAUACAUUACUUAUGUAGAAAGAUAAAAAUGUUUCAGGUGGCAUAAUCAUCUAAACCCUGCAAUAAACAAGGAGGCAUGGAGCCAGGAAGAAGAGUUAUCAUUGAUCCGUGCUCACCAAAUUUAUGGAAACAAGUGGGCAGAGUUAACAAAAUUUUUGCCUGGCAGGUAAGAGAAAUCAUUUACGUGUCCUCUCUAGUUCUCUUAUGUGUUUCGUCAUUCAAAGUGUUUUGCCAAAAUUAUAGCGUUUUUUCACUUUGAUAAUGAAUAGGUGAGUGUUCUUAGACUUUUUUUAACUUACGUUUACAUUCUCUGUUUGUUGUUCUCAUCAGCAUGAAAUGAUUGCUAUGCAAUCUAAAAGCUCUCAUUAAUAUCUUCUAAAAAAUACGUUUUGUGUAUCUCAGGACAGACAAUGCUAUAAAAAAUCACUGGAAUAGCUCUGUCAAAAGGAAGAUGGAGUCAUACAUUGCAUCAGGUUUACUUGGAGAGUUUCAACAUCUGUCUCAAGUGGAAUGCUCAAAUGAGAGUGUGCCAUCUUCUUCUGCAAAGAAUGAAGAGGGCUGUAGUGAAGAGGCUCUCAAUGACGGGGUAGAAUCUGCAGAAGCAUCAGAAUGCAGUGAACGUUCAGCUCACCUCGGGUGUGGCUUAUUGGACUCUGAAGAAACUGCAGAAACUCCAAAAUUUACAGAUGGACAGAAUAGAGUGGGAGAGGAUACUUGUGAGAUAAAGGUAGAAAAUCCUCAUUCAGCUUUAAGCUACAAGAAAUAUUAUGCUUCUGCAAGUGCUCGAGACAUGCAAUACAGAACUAGUAUGGUGGGGGAUUUUUCAGCUGAAGAUUUUUUACCUGAUUCCUGUAUCACUAGACAUAUCCCUGAUCAAAGCGGUUCACAUGAUAUUUCCAGCAUCUCUACUGGACAAGAAGCGGAGGUAUCACCAAGAUUUUCAAGAACAUUGAAACUAUAUGCACUACAGUUUGGUGAAACACAUCAAUACAGCAAUACCGUAUCAUUUCUAGAUUCAGUAUUUGAUACAUCCAUUUACCUUGAAAAGGAUUCCGACAUUUGUGACAGUCAGGACCAACUGACUUUUGAGGUUGACUGCCAGAAUAAGAAUCUUGUUGAGACUAGCAGCCAUCUAGCAUCUUCUAUGGUGGCUUCUUGCUCUGGUUCAAAUGACAUUUGUCUCAACUGCCCUGAAGAUUCCAGAAAUUGCCAAUUUGAUGAUCAGAGCUGUGGAACUUAUGAUGGGCUCUGUAAUCUUGUAAGCUCAUUGGAUAUGUUGUCCAUUCCUUGUUCUCAGAGUAUUCCUUCUGAAGUCCCUAUGACUAUUAUUCAGCCCAUUAGUGGAAGAGAGGCAUCCGCAAAUGACCUUGUGGAUGGUGACAAAUCUCCGGAAGCAGAUGCCUUUGUAAACUCAGAUGAUGAUUUCUCGCAUACCAGGGGGGCGGUCAUUCCUUGUGGUUUUAUUCAGAAAUAUUCAUGCGCUGAAAAUUGUGAAGGUGAGGUGGAUGCCACCAUAACUACGAUGAAAGUUAUUUCUGUUUCAUCCCAAGAUGUCAAUGGAUUCUGCUCUUCCUCUGGUGAGAAACAAUAUACUCCAAGAGAAGACCAACAUUCAGGAGCUUUAUUCAAUGAACAUCCACGAUUUCCAAAACAGGAAGUUCCUUUUGUCAGCUGUGAUCUCAUAUCGUCUUGUCAUGAGCUGCAGUCUUACAGCCCACUUGGAGUUCGGCAAAUAAUGACACCCUCCACGAGCUGUUUAGCUGCUUACAGGUUAUGGGAUUCACCUUCCAGUGAUGAUAGUCCUGAUGCGGUCGUCAAGAAUGCAGCGAAAAGCUUCUUAUAUACUCCAUCAAUAAUGAAGAAAAGACAGCGUGAAUUGUUAUCACCUCUUCACAAACAAAGGAACAACAAAAAAUCUGGAAAAGAGUCACAUCACGAACUGGGAACAUCCUCUGUGAAGGAAAAUGGGUAUUUUCAAGUGGAUGUUAUAUCUGAUGAGAAUGGAUCUUCUGUAGCCUCUUUUUCAUCCACCUCAGGGACAAUGCUUUCCUCCCCUUGUUAUCAGAAGAAUAACCUUGUUGCUUUUCCAGACAAAAAGAAAAAUCUGGUUGACAGCGGUGGAAAAGAUGGAAGCCAAGUUUUAGGCACUAUUGGCAUGAUAACCAACAAAGACGAACACAAAAAAGAACCAGUUGGACAUGAUCUUGAUGGACGAAAGGGCAUUAAUGUUGACACAGGAUCAGACACUGUGAGUUCCAUUUACUCCCGCUAGUUUCUCCAUUUUAAUUUGGAAGUAUCAAAACAAGGGCAUUUUUUUUUUUUUCAGAACCAAACAAAUUAGAUCCAGUUAGCUGUUUCUAAUUAAUGAAUGAUAUUCUACCGACUUUUUCAUCAUGUCCGACUGGUCUUUUGUCGGGAAUUGGGUCUCAUGUUUUUUGGACGAUUUUAGACCGGUAAUAUCGAAGGUUGGGCAUUUUCUUUUGCAAAGCCGUACAAAGGAGAAUUCAUUCAACUGGUUCUAAUUCAUAAUUUCAACACAUCAUUGAAUCAUAUUCCACCAACCUUUUCAUCAUUUCAGACGAGUAUUAGCCUGAAUGUCAUGCAGGUGGGGGACAGCUGAGGUGUUCCAAAGAUAGUAGUACUGUCGUGCCAAUUAACUGACGAAGUCAAGCGUGUAAGAAAAAAAAACAUGGUAGAAAAGUAUCUUUACAAAAAAAUAUGUAAAAGUUUCCUGAUUGACACAUCAACAAGCACUCAAAGAAAAUCUGAAGGUCUGUGAUGAAUAAUAUCUGCGGAAUGUACAAACCAGCAGCACAUCAAAUGAUGGUUACGCGAUUGCUACGCAGCAGAUUGUGUGGACAUGUUUAUUAAGGCUUUUGUUGUUUACUUAGAGGUUGGUGUCUACCGAUCACCAAAUCUUUGAACUCGCAGAUGCAUUCUCCAAAUAAUUUUCAUCUUCUAAAAUUUUUACCUUUCUCAUCUGAAGCCUAGGUAGGAAAGAGAAUUGCCCUAAUCCAUCUUGAAUUUGAUGUGGGAUGGAUAAACACUCUCUGCUACCCUACAAACACGAUACGAUUACUGCAUAAUACUUUAGGAAGUAUAUUUCCGUGCUUCUUUUUUUAAAAAAAUAGAGUUAAAUUCCUAGGUUUUUUUUUUUUUUCCUUGUGCCUUUUGUUGGGUUGCGUUGCAUUUUUAGUUGCCUCGGUAAUUUUUUCUCUUUUUGCAGGGAGGGAUACUUGUUGACCACAGUAUCAAUGACAAGCAAUUCUUUCAGUCUUGUGAUGAAAACGUAGACAUGUAAGAACGGUUCCCUUCGCACCAGUCAUUGCGUUAUUUAAAUACUAUAGUUAUGCAAUUAAUUUCUUAAUUAUCUGAAAGAGCUUCUAUGCAUCAGAAUGAGGAAGAGUUGCUCAUCAACCCUUUGGGAUGUGGGUGCCGCAGUCAUUUCGCUAGUUCUAUACAUUGUAGAUACUCGCGUCUAUAACGCUUCAAGCUAUCCGAUCAUUGACUUGAAUUAGAUCUAUCUUCAUUGUCAUCAUCUGUCUUUCUACAUGUUCUACUCUUCUUUAUCUAGAGGUUCCAUCUAAGAUGGCAAUUGCAGAAGAUCUGAUUGGUGUUUAUAGAAAGUAGGACGGAUAAAAUCCACCCAGAUCAACAUGCAUGCAUUUACCGUUUUAUGUCUGUCUUGGCUCAAUUUUCUUUUGUGCUGUCACUCGUUGACUUACUGUAUCUCAACCAAUUAUAGUAUCAAAUUCUCAGAAAUAUCGAAAAACUAUGCCUGAUUUCAGAUGAAGAUUUGAUUAAAUCACCUUCAUAAAAUCAAAAAAAUAUAAAUUCCGUUUCAAUUCCUAUUCCUAUUGAAAAUAUCUUCCCCUUACUUUUUCUCAGAUUUAUGAGUACACCUGGCAUAAAACGUGGGAUUGACUCUCCUUCGGCAUGGAAGUCACCCUGGUUCAUGACCACACUCCUCCCUGGAUCAAAAUUUGAGGUAGGUGAACUAUGUACUUUUUUUUUCUUCUUCUUUUUCAUUCACCUGUUGACUUUCCUACAAAUUCGGGCAAAAGAUAUCGCUCCUUGACUUUUUUAACUAGCAAGUUCCAAUUAACUGGUUAAAAAAAUACCAAUUAACUGUUAUUCUGAGUAUCUUAAUCUGCGUUGACCACCCCCAUAUCUGAUUCCGAUUCUCUUACAGAGAUAUGGAUGCUUCAUGAGCCCUCGCGAUCGAGCCCUUGACGCUGUAGACCUGAUGCGGAUGCUAAAUGAGCCUAAUGCUGCCGCGUCGGCCAAAGCCCACGGAGUAUCGCCGCGUGGGAGCAUUCAAGUGCCUUCGGCCGCACAGCGCGAGGGAGAACUGAGCAGAAGAGAACAGACCGCUGGCAGUGAACAAGAGACUCCUUGCUCCCUGCCACGAGACAUCUCGGUAAGUUCAGUUCAGUUCAGUUCAGUUCUCCCUGCCAUGGCUUGAAUCGUCGUAUCAUCCAUCACCUUCUGCGGCAGUAGCGGAGUCUUUGAAUAAUACAUUGGGAGUGCCAUCGAUCUCGGUGGUCUCAUCGAUCCAUAUCAUAUCAUCUGAAUGUCCAGAUAUCUUCCAUUGAUUGGUUGUGUUCGUAACCCGUUGAGGUCUUGCCCUCCAGGAGGACGGGCGUGUUCUUGAUUUCAGCGGAUGCUGCAGCACGCCUGCCAAGGAGGCCUGA